GUCAAACAGUAUCACCAUAUUGACAAUGUGGCUGACAAUACUGAUACUCUUUUCCUAUGGACUCUUCGGGACAACAGCCAAGGCUGGGAGUCUUGACUACACUAUACCGCACAGACGCUUUGACAGUAGACCACCAGUGGAUCCUCGCUGUAAACGCCCAUUCGACCAACAUUACUGCUUCGACGGAGAGCCGAUGGCAACGUUUAAUAACGACGACGUCAUCGUGAUUUAUAGCAUGACGGGCAAUGGAGGCCCGGUGCCAGGCAUCGACCUUGUGAUACCUCAACACGCUGGUAUCGGUCUGCACAACCUCAACACCGGCUUCAAAUACACCUUGGACUGGUCCCCAAUGUUCGGCCCCUUCAACUGCUCCCAACCCAAUGUGUUGGAGGGUGAGUCUCUCCUUUGGUGUAACCAAGCAGAGUCGUGCUUCAGGAGCAAGUUUACCAAGCCCUUCCUAAAGCCAAGAGCAGAGCGCCAUCAGGUGGCGAACACAACCGGCAAAGUCAUCAAUGCCUUCGCUCUCUGGGUCACGUGGGACAACAAUACCGGCAUCUAUGGCGACUCGUCACACCUGAUGCGUUCCAGAGAUGGUCCAUAUUGGACAGAGACCUGGGAUUGUGGCACCUUUGUGCAGCGGGCAUUUCAAGCCCUUUAUGAUCUAGGCGUGAGGUUCUAUCCCGACUUUCAACCCUCCUACUGGCUGGGCAUCGCCUACACGGAGAGGCCUGAAUAUCUGGGCAGCCACACGGAGAUAUUCGGUGUUGACGGAGACGCAGCCUUGGCCCAGACUCUGAUGUCAUACUUCAAGGCGGACAAAAAAGAUCUUGACUAUAUGUACCUACAUUACAAUGAAGCGUACUGGUAUGCUAAGUUCACGUCUCAAGCUCCAGAAGUGCCUACCAAAAUGGUAGUUCCGCUACCGGGGUAUGAGUAGACCAUUUGGCAGAGGGUGAGGCUGAAGUUGUUGCAGUAACUUAAAAGACUAAUUUAGAGAUAUUUUCCAAAUCGUUUCAUGUUUUCAAUCAAGGUGAUCAAGUGUUCUGAUGCAUUUCGCAAGUUGAGACCCGUUUUAUUACAAAAACGAUCUUGAUUAUCGAUCAGAUCGCCUUGUCUGGGUGCCGCCAUUUUUUGUUUGAAGCAAAUACCAAUGAUAUGAGAGGUGGGACUUGAUUGGUCAGUAGGGCGGACAUAAUUCGUAACAGCCACUGGUGGCGCUACGAUCGAGCCACGCAAUCCCAGCAGUUCGGGAAGUGAGGAAACCGGACUUUUACAGUCAGUUCCCUUGCCUCGGGAAGAUGAGUAAUUCCAAGUUUCAACCGUUUUGGUUCUUCUGUUCAAAAUACCACCAAAUACCAAUAAAAUACUUAUUUGUGA